AUGGCGACACGCGUCGUCGAUAGCUUCCAGCUCCAGCGCGUCAACGAGCGGCCGAAAGACGGCCCAGACCGCGGUGACAAACGCACAGCGGAGCAGAAGAUGUUCGUAACGUUACGUCUCGGGAGCGCAGCAGACGGGGCAGCCUUGGGCGUCGUCGCCAAGGAAGUCGAGUCGGGUGCGAACCGCGACGGCCCCAGCACGGUGCGGUACAUGAAGUCGGCGUAG